AAGUGGUCCAAAUCCUGAAUGGGAGAAAAAAGUAACUGAAUACUUCAGAGAGAAACUAAAAGAAAAUAAUGCUACUAACUGGGUUCCAUCGUUGAAUGAUGUCCCUUUGCAUUACCUGAAGCCAAACAGUUUAGUCAAAUUCCGCUGCAUGGUUCAAGAUAUGUUUGACCCAGAAUUUUACAUGGGAGUUUAUGAAACAGUUGACACAAAUACCAGGACACGUGUUUUGCAUUUUGGUAAAUAUAGAGAUGUAGCAGAAUGUGGGCCUCAUCAGGAAAUAGAUUUAAAUUCUUCACAAACAGUCACUUCAGAGAGACAGACCUUCUACUGCGUUCCAGUGCCUGGAGAGUCAGCAUGGGUGAAAGAAAUAUCUUUUGGGAGUGUAGGUGAUAUCCAUGGGUGUGGAGAGCCAAAGCGAUUAGAAACUGAAGCUUCCGCAGGACAUCAUCUGACCUCCCCAAACUGCUCCCCUCCACUUGAUCUAAACUUCCCACUGCCAGGAGAGAAAGGCCCUGCAUGUCUCGUAAAGGUCUAUGAGAGCUGGGAUAGUUUCAAAGUCAAUGAUAUUCUAGAGGUAUAUGGCAUUUUGUCUGUGGAUCCAGUGCUAAGCAUAGUGAACAACGAAGAGAGGGAGAACUCCUCAUCACUAUUUGAUCCUAUGGAGUGCAUGGAUACAGCAGAAGAACAGAGAGUACACAGUCCUCCUGCCUCAUUAGUCCCCAGAAUCCAUGUAAUUUUGGCACAGAAAUUGCAGCAUAUUAAUCCAUUAUUGCCUGCUUGCCUUAAAGAAGAAGAAAGUAAAAGCUUUGUUUCUAGUUUCAUGUCUGAACUGUCACCAGUUCGAGCGGAGCUGCUUGGAUUCCUCACUCAUGCCCUCCUAGGAGAUAGUUUGGCUGCUGAGUACCUUAUAUUGCAUCUCAUCUCCACAGUCUAUGCGAGAAGAGAUGUGCUUCCUCUGGGAAAAUUCACAGUCAACUUGAGCGGCUGUCCAAGAAAUAGCAUCUUCACAGAGCACAUAUACCGUAUUAUCCAGCAGCUUGUUCCAGCAUCCUAUCGUCUGCAGAUGACCAUAGAAAACAUGAACCACUCACGAUUUAUCCCACACAAGGACUACACAGCUAAUCGCUUAGUCAGUGGAGUAUUGCAGCUGGCCAGCAAUACUUCUCUUGUGAUAGAUGAGACUUUGCUUGAGCAAGGACAGCUUGACACAACAGGUGUACAUAACGUGACAGCACUGGGUAACCUGAUAACUUGGCAGAAAGUGGAUUAUGACUUCAGUUACCACCAGAUGGAAUUCCCAUGCAAUAUUAACGUACUUAUCACUUCAGAGGGCAGAUCAUUCCUACCGUCAGAUUGCCAGGUCCACCUACAACCACAAAUAAUUCCACCAAAUAUGGAGGAGUAUAUGAACAGCCUCCUUACAGCCGUGCUGCCAUCUGUAUUGAACAAAUUCCGCACCUAUCUAAGCUUGUUGAGGCUGCUGGAUUAUAGCAUAUCUGACGAAGUGACCAAGGCAGUUGAGGAAGACUUUGUAGAAAUGCGCAAGAAUGACCCUGAGAGUAUAACAGCUGAUGAUCUCCAUCGAACUCUGCUUAUAGCAAGAUUUCUCUCUCUCAGCGCUGGGCAGACAACACUGUCAAGAGAGAGGUGGUUAAGAGCAAAGCAACUCGAGGCAUUACGUAAAGCCAGGCUCCAGCAACAAAAAUGUGUCAAUGGCAAUGAACUUUAAUUCCUUACUACUAUUUUGCUUAUGUGACUAUGAAAUGUUUGUCUAAUCCUAGGUUGAGGCAGCAAUCAGAUUGGGAUACUGUUUAUACAAGUUUUUUUUGUAGAUAAUUUAUACCAAAAAUUAUGGACACUUCUUACCCUUGAAGCCUGAACACGCUUAGUUUAUAUGGUGUUCAGUAAGUUAAUACCUAACUUACUGAUUUUAUGAACCUUUUUGGAGCUUGUUUUGUAAUUAAGAAUUGGUAACAAUGAGCAAAUUGUUUGAUAUUAAAGGUUUAAUACAGAAAA